AUUAAAUGAUCACUUCCUUUUCAUUUAAUUUAAAAUAUCGGUUCAAAAUUCGAUCAGUGAAUUGUUUCUUCUAUUCUGCGUUUGGAAUUAAACGAUUUCCUUUAUUCGUUGGUUUUCCAUGAAAAGCAUGUAAAUGGCAGUAAGACCCUUCUCAAAAGAAGAAUUGAAUUUCUUCAAAUUUGCAUCCAUCGUUCACGAUGAAUUUCCAAAGAUGUUACGUUCGACAUUUGUGGCAUUGUGGGACAGGAAGAUUGCACCGUUGCCUGCUUACCAAGUUUGGGACGACUCACCCGCAGUUCGCACACUUCUUUUGACGCUCGAAGGCGGUAAAACUCCCAUACCAACCAAUAAAUCGUUCAAGGAUUGGGAUUGCACAGCCCUGUUCCAGGCAACUAUUUACUCCAAGACCUUUCGAGGCUCCACCAAGACGACACUUAGUGAUCAAUUCAUAAAGGGAAAGAAACCCAGUACUUUCCAUUCUUCGCUUACAAGUUUAACUAGUACUGGGAACCCGGAUGAAAUUAUAACUUUAGCAAUCGACCAGGUUCGACUGCUUAGAAACUGCUUAUGUCACUCGCCUAAGUCAAUCUUAAAAAAACAUGAUUUUGAUUAUUAUGUUCAACUUGCUAAGGGUGCUUUUGUCGCAACUGGAUUUUCGACAGACCAAGUUGAUCAUAUUGGUAAUCUUAAGGAGAGCGACUUUCCAACUGAAAGGGUUAAUGAGUUGAAUCGAAAAAUUAAGGCUGUCGUGCUGGAGAGCAAAAAAUUUCUUGAGGAAAGGGUAGAAAAAGGAAUAACGAAAUUAACGGAUGGUCAAGAAAGUGUUAUACAAAAACUUGAUGAAAUUAAUAGGAAUGUCAUUAGGAACCAAAAUUCCAAUGCAGCAACUAUGCAAGAAAAUCGAGGGUUUGCAGCACUAGGCGCUCUGGGUCCCGCUGUGAACAAUGAUGAAUGUAUUAUCACAUUCAAAAUUACAGCAGAAAAAGUGCGACUGGCUAAAGAUAUUGGACUCGGUACUGUUACUCUCAUCGACAUUUUCAAUGCAUGUACAAAAGCUCACCCGUCCGUUUUCCAAGACACUCUUAAAAGAGGUUUCGGCGAUGAAAAAGAUGAUCAGAAAUUUGGGGAGAUCAGCCAAGGAUGUCUCCUUGUUCCACUGCACUGUCUUACAGAUGAAAGAUUUCUGGAGGUUUUGGAUGAUUUUGAAUCUGGAAGGCUGAAAAAACGUUUGCUUACAGAGUUUUCGCAAAUUGGAGUUGAAAUAGAAGGAUUAGAGAUUGAGAUAAAGAACAUGGAAGAAGUAAACAAAACGAAGGAUAAAAUAAAACGAAAAUUGGAGAAGUCCAGUACAAAUUUUGAUAAAUAUCGACAAGGUAUUGUCAAUGUUCAAGGAACUGAUAGACAGUCCCAUCUAAAAAGCUGCAUUCCUGACAAACCAGAACUAUUUAUUGGCCGUGACACUAUAGUAAAUCAAAUAGUGUCUUCCUUAGUCCACGAUGCCUGUGGAAUUGUUUCUAUUGUUGGUGGACCGGGUUUUGGCAAGAGCACUGUUGCAAUUGAAGUUUCCCAUCACUUAAUAAGCAAAGAGAAUGACGUCGUCGUCAUUUUCUCGUUUCUGUCACAAGCUUUCACUAUUCCUGAAGUAAUAAUGCGUCUCUGUCAUGACGUUGGCGUCAUUCCUGGAGAAGAUCCUAAAUCGUCGUUGAUGUUUUGGUUGAAGAGUAUUGAGGAGAACGUUGUCCUAGUCAUGGACAACAUUGAGCAGCUUCUUGAACGGCAUGUAAAGCAUAACUUUCUUGAAUUAGUGCGUACGCUUCGCAAAAAUUCACAGCAACAUAUACAGAUUUUAACAACGUCAAGAACACAGUUCUCAAUUUCAGGAACGCAAACCAAAAGCCUUCAAAUAGGAGAGAUGGAUGAAACAACAAGUGUCGAACUCUUAGAAAAGUGUUGUCCCGUUAAAGUCGAAAAAACAUCCUUGUCUGAAUUGGCUAAGCUGUGCGGUUUCAUUCCACUCGCAUUGUGUAUCGCAGGAUCAAGAAUUCAAGACUAGGUCGACCUGGUUGAGCUGAUAC